AUGUUCUUAUAUGGACUUUGUUUGCAGGUGGAGGAGAAGAUAAUCAAGGCGCAGAUCUGGGACACGGCGGGGCAGGAGCGCUACCGGGCCAUCACGAGCGCCUACUACCGGGGCGCGCUCGGGGCGGUGCUCGUCUACGACGUCACCAAGCCCACCACCUUCGAGAACAUCAGCCGGUGGCUCAAGGAGCUGCGCGACCACGCCGACGCAAACAUCCGGAUCAUGCUCGUCGGCAACAAGACCGACCUCAAGGACCUCCGGGCUGUCCCCGCCGACGACGCGGGCGGCUAUGCCGAGGCCGAGGGGCUCUCCUACAUCGAGACGUCCGCGCUCGAGGCCAUGAACGUCGAGGAGGCCUUCCAGCUCAUCCUCGGCGACAUCUACCGCACCGUCAGCAAGAAGGCCGUGGCCUCCGAGGAGGACAGGGCAGGGGCUGCUGGGGUCAAGGAAGGUAAGACCAUCAAUGUCGCCGCCCCCGUCGACAACGGCGGCGAGAAGAAGCAAUGCUGCUCAGCUUAG